CACCAUCGCAAAAUGCGAUCGGGACGCGGCUCAGUCGUACGUGGUGAUCGUUGGAGAGGCGACGCGACGCUUUUACGCUUAUGAACGACGUCGAGACGCCGGGCGUCGCCACGUGUUGUUUUUUUUAGUGUGUCGUUUCCUCGGGGUGAGAAUGGCCCACCAUCGGGCGCCUGACAAGAGGGAGGACGAGGAGGAGAGCGAGGAGAGUCCACCUCCACCCGACGGUGGUUGGGGGUGGAUGGUGGUCUUCGGUUCGUUUAUGAUUCACGUUAUAACCGACGGGGUCACUUACUCAUUCGGAAUAUUCUACGAUGAGUUCCUGACCUACUUUGGUGAGGGCAAAAUGAUCACCUCCUGGAUAUUAUCCCUACUUGUAGGAGUAACUCUAUGUUCGGGUCCAAUUUCCAGUUCGCUAGUAAAUAGAUGGGGCUGUCGAGCUGUGACCAUAGCGGGGGCUAUCCUAGCCUCUUUCUGCAUGGUGAUCUCCUUUUGGGCUCAGAACGUCAUCACUCUAUGUAUCACCAUUGGGAUCGGGGCGGGUUUCGGAUUCGGCCUUAUAUACCUGCCGGCCAUCGUCAGUGUCACCAUGUACUUCGAAAAAAAGAGAUCGUUGGCCACAGGUAUAGCGGUCUGCGGUUCCGGUUUGGGUACUUUCAUUUUCGCCCCCAUCAUUUCCAAACUAUUAACGGAAUACGGUUGGCGAGGUAGCGUUUUAAUAAUAGGCGGUCUAGUGCUGGAAUGUAUCCUAUUCGGGGCACUUUUCCGACCAUUGGAAAACGAGUCGGGGCGCAAGAAGGAGGAGGUGAUUUUGCUGAAGAACACCGAGGGUCAAGUCGACAUCCACGUGUCGGAUAAUGAUUUGAAACCUUACGCGCCCUUACAAUUGAACGGGACCAGUCAGAUGCAUAGGCCGCACAGUGUGGCUCAUUUCACCCUGCCAAAGAGCAAUAAACACGAACUGAAUGGAAAUAUACCGGGAAAAAUUAAGGGAGGAGAUGUUGCCAGGUUGGCCCUUAGUCAGCCAAUGUUGGGUCAGUCAGAGGUACAUUAUAGACAUCAACAUCACCACCAUAGACACCAUCACCACCAUGGACCCCUGGACCGUCCGGAUAUCUUCUACCAAGGGAGCCUGAUGAACAUCCCUUCCUACAGAUCGCGUCUGGACGUACGUCACGGCGACAGUAGCGCCACCGAGCGACGUCACUCCAACUACAGCCACCACAAACACCGUAAGGACGAAGACGAGGAGGACGACGAUGACGACGUCAGCGUAAAACUGUGCGGUCUCAUCCCAUCUUCGGUGACCACCAGAGACACCUUAAGACAAAUGCUCGAUUUUUCCCUUUUUAAGGAUCCGGUGUUCGUGUUGUACUCCGCGAGUAACUUAUUGACGAGUAUCGGGUUUAAUAUUCCGUACGUGUAUUUGGUGUCCAAGGCGAAAUUGAGCAUGGACCUAGAGGAUGCGCAGAUGUUGAUUUCGAUCAUAGGCGCCGCGAAUACCGUGGGCAGGAUUAUAUUGGGUUACGUGUCGGAUAAACCGUGGAUUAAUAGGCUGCAGGUGUACAAUUGGAGUCUUACCAUUUGCGGAGCAACUACAGCUAUUAGUGCCUUCUGUGCUUCCUUCUACACCCUGGCCGUUUACUGUGCCGUAUUCGGGUUCACGAUAGGGGCCUACGUGGGUCUCACCUCGGUGAUCCUGGUCGAUCUACUGGGACUGGAGAAGCUCACCAACGCCUUUGGUCUUCUGUUGCUCUUCCAGGGUAUCGCCUCUUUAAUAGGACCGCCGAUCGGAGGGGGCCUAUAUGACGUCACGGGAUCCUAUAAUCCUGCCUUUUGUUUGGCCGGCGUCACGAUCGCCCUUAGCGGACUGAUUUUGUUUUUGAUUCCUCCGUUGCAACGUUGGCAGCUGAAGAAAGCGAAAACGAGUCCGAAGAGGGAGUCCGCGAAUGAAAUAUAGCAACUAUUGAGUUCCUACUCAAAUUUGAGGGGAUAUAAUAGUGUGUGAGUGGCGGUUUUUUGUGAUUUAGGUGAGGAGAGCUUAGAGUUUAAUGUAGGUAGGCUUAACUGAGGGUUUCUAUGCUCCUUCUAUGUUAAAUUUGAGGUUAUGAGUGUCGUCAUAGUGGACUAAAGAGGAAAAUUCGUUUGUAAUAGAACACGUGCCUCAAAAUGGCUUUUUUUAUUGAAUAUAAUCUUAAGAAUCUCAACUCAGUUCCAGUUACAUACAUACCAGGAAAUACACCCUUAAAGGUUUUAUUUAGAUGAACCUCAACACCUUCCAGUUAACUCAAAAGGUCCCUAUAACGCUCAUAACCUUAAAAAGGGUAUUCCAAGAGUACAAUUUAUUUAAAAAAAAUAAAUGAACGUUUUUCUUUAAAUAAUUAAGACCCUGUAUCUUUACCUAAUGUCCUUAAAUUGUAGGACUAACAUACACAUACAACUUAACGAAAAAAAAAUUACAAAAGACUUUUGGAAUGCCCUGUACAUUUGAACCUUAAUUCAAAUCGCUAUACAUAUCCCAAAGUGUACUUGUGCGUGUAAAUAUAUUAGGAAAUAUUACAGUGAGUGCUCACGUACUUUUGUAUAUAGUUUUUAGGUUAUAUAUUAUAUUUUUUACAGGGUGUCCAUAAUAUGAGCAUCCUGUACGAGAAUUUUAGCUAAAGCGAUCAUUUAUAAGCAUCAGCUGUUCUUAUAAUGUGUCUGUUUUUUAAAGUAUACAGGGUGUUUAGGGUUCUAAUUUUCAAUUAUUUUUUUCGCUUUUGGCUCUUAAACCCCCAUAAUUUUUUCUAUAUUAAUAAAAAUGUACGAGUUUCAGAGAAUCACCUCAGUUCAAUUAGACUAUGAGCGAUUCUCUAAAAAGCAAAAAUUGAAAUUUCUAUAAGAGACACUCUAUAUCGCAAACAAUUUUUCUUGUCCUGCCAAAUUGUUUUAAAACAUUUUAUUGCCACACUGUUUACCACUCGUAAACUGCCUUAACUAGUAAAUAAAGUGUAUAUAACCACAAUUCUAUGUAAUAUCAUCCAACUGACUGUACAUACAUAUAUAGAUGCAAAAUAAUUUUCUAUUCUUGAUAAGCAUAUAUUUACAACGUUACUUGUUAAUGAACUGACUGUAUAUUAUAGCCGUUUCCCUUUUAGUUAUCUGUAAUUUUUUAUGUACAAAUAAUAUAUAGGCUAUUAUAUUCUAUUAUUCUAGUUACAUAUAAAUGUUUUUUAGAAAAAUGAAA